AACGCCAGCUGACAUCGCUUCCGCGUUCUGUCGUCAGGUAAGCUGCACGCGCCUGAAGCGACUCGCUCCGUUAUCACCUCGUCGGUGGUUUUGUCUCGCUUCUAACAUUUCAACUAAAGCAUGUCGUCCAGCAGGGCUCUCCGGAAACCCUCCAACAUGGCUUGCUCGGACUCCGAAGUCGACUUGCUGACGAUUCCUCUCAUAGCGCUCAACGUGAGCCUGAGGAAAAAGUUGGGACUGUAUCUGAACCCCAGGAGCACAGUGGCCGCGGACUGGAUGGUCGUGGCAGAGGCCAUGGGCUUCACCUACCUCGAGAUAAAGAACCACGAAGCGUCAAAAAGGCCCACAGAGGCGGUCCUGGAGGACUGGCGGGCCCGCUCCACAGACGCCACCGUGGGAAGGCUGCUGUCAAUCCUGACGGAGGUGGAGAGGAUGGACAUCGUGGAGGAUCUUCGACCUUUGAUAGAUGAGAAUGUCAGGAAGUAUUGUGCGAGUUUAAAGAAGGCGGCUGAGCCCCCAGUUCAGGUCGAUGUGGUCGACAGCUGCCUCCCUCCCACCCCAGAGAGGGUCGGUCUCACCCUGGAGGAUGACCCCGAAGGUACCCCUGAGCUGUUCGACGCCUUCAUCUGCUACUGCCAGAGUGACUUUGUGUUUGUCCAUGAGAUGAUCCGGGAGCUGGAGCAGACAGAGUACAAGCUGAAACUGUGUGUGUUCGACAGAGAUGUCCUCCCGGGCUCCUGUGUAUGGAGCAUCACGAGCGAGCUCAUCGAGAAGAGGUGUAAGAGGAUGGUGGUGGUGAUUUCUGAUGAAUACCUUGACAGCGAUGCCUGUGACUUUCAGACCAAGUUUGCUCUCAGCCUCUGUCCCGGUGCUCGAAAUAAACGGCUUAUUCCAGUGGUAUACAAGUCAAUGACGAAGCCGUUCCCCAGCAUCUUGCGCUUCCUCACCAUAUGUGACUACACCAGGCCCUGCACACAGGCCUGGUUCUGGGUGCGGCUGGCCAAAGCUCUCUCGCUGCCAUAAUCACGGACCACACAGUUAAUCAUGCUUAACGGUGCCUCUUUUUAAUACCAGAAAAGGGGAAUAUCGGACAAUGGCCAAACAUUACAGGUUCAAGUGUCUGCUUUCGCUUGUUAUCCACAUCAUGCUGGCUUCUGAACCCACUUACCAUUUACUGUGUGUAUAUGGUAUAUAUUAUUUGCAACAUACAGCAUACUUGUGUUUCCAAUGAAGAUCACAUAGUGGUUUCUAAAUAGUGUCAAUUUGAAACUUAAGCCACACAGGAUACCAAAUAUGCAGUUCUCACUGCACAAAGCCAUUAAUGCCUGUCUUUGGCGACUAUAUGUGUGAGUUAUAUUUGACAAGAGAUCUGUUUGUAUUUGGGGGAGCAUUUACUAAAUGCUCUGUGAAAGCUGUUUUUUUUUCUUUUUCUCUUUGCACUGCCCACUUCCUCUUAUAAGUCAGCAGCUUCUAGAUGAGAUUGAAGCUGAAGAGGAAGAGAUAUUGUGAUUGUGAUACUUCCAGUUCAGUACGUUCUGUUUUACUGGCUGCUGACACCUGCCUUUUUCUGUCGCCAUGAUGGCUGACGUUUGAUUGUGCAUUUUUUUUUUUUUUUUAUGUGGUUUUUUUGGAGCAGUUUCAGAAGAAAUCAAUUUAAUCUUCUUGAAGAAAUGGUCUGAAUAUGAUUUUCUGAAAAUAAAUGUUAUU